AAUGUAAUUAGAUUACCAAAAUGAAUUUGACAGCGGUGAUGAUUCUAUAGAGGUGGAAAAAUAAUAUUCUUUAUAAGGGUAUAUACUUAUUGAAUAGAAUUAAUAGUGUAGAGAUCCUAGAAAUUAGGGAUGUUAUUUAAGUGAUCACAAAAGAUGUUUAAGAGCUCUCAGAGGAAUUAUAUUUUAAUGAAGACAAUACUUUUGAAGUAAUAAUUCUUGGUAAUAAAGCUACUUAUGCACUAUAAUUGGAAUAGAGAAGAUGUCACAUAGAAUUAUUUCAUUAAUUAAGAGGCAUUAUUGGCUGAAUUAAAAGCAAAAGGAAUUUUUAAUAAUCACGAAAAAAUCAUUUAUAAUGGAAUAACAGGAUGUUGUUAAGUUUGUUGGUUUGAAGGAAACUUAAUUCAAUUAGGAUGCAGUCAUAAAUUUUGUUAAUCUUGUAUUGAACAGACCAUAAAGUAGAGAGUGUAUUAGGAUAAAUUCCUAGUAGCAAGAUGCUUAUAAGAUGGAUGCACUUACAGAUUGCCUUUCUCAAUGCUAAAAAAAUAUUCCAAUGCCUAAGAAUUUGAGAAUUUACUAUGCAGAAGAUUUGUUGAUUGUUCAAGAUAUCUAGCUUAUUGUACAGGAGUGGAUUGUAAUAAGAUUUUGAAGCCUUAAUACACUUCAGUGAAAGAAGUGACAUGUGUAUGUUAGAAUAAGUUUUGUUUCUAUUGUAAAGAAGAUCUUCAUCCUCCAUGUCCUUGUGAUUUGGUUAAGAAAUGGUUAGCUGAAAUUAAAAAGGAUGAGGCUAAUGUAAGAUGGAUUGUUGUUAAUACAAAAUCAUGUCCUUUUUGUAAAAAACCAGUUGAGAGAUCAGAAGGUUGUAAUUAUAUGAUGUGUAAACCUCCAGGAGGAUGUGGAAAAGCUUUUUGUUAUGUUUGUUCUUAACCAUGGGAACCUGAUCAUAAAGAUCAUUUUAAAUGCAAUAAAUAUGUGGCUCCUACUGCCAAUAUUGAGAAAGAGAAAGAAGUUUUACAAAGAUAUAAUUUCUAUUAUGAAAGAUUCUUAAACUCUUAAGCUGCCAAAGAAAAGGCUAUGUAGAGAUUGAAACAAAUUAAGGAAUAAUAUAUCACUUCGAUAUUUAAGCAUUACUAAUUUACAUAUUAGGAUAGUCAAUUCUUAGAGGAAGCAAUGAAAGAAUUAAUUCAAUCUAGAGUUGUAUUAAAAUGGUAUAUAUAUAAAUAUUUAAUUAUUAGGUCUUAUUGUAUUGGUUACUAUAUAUCUAAAACAAAUUAAUAGUCAGCAAAAUUAUUUGAUCAUUAUUAAGAACUCUUUGAACAUGCCUGUGAGACCUUGGCUAUCUCAUUGAUAAAACUAUUUGAUGAAAUUGAAAAAUUAGAACAUACAUAAUCAGAAAAACCAAUUCAUGAAUAAAAAAAAGAUUUUAUAGAGAAAAAAGAGAGAAUUCAAAAUGCUUCUUAAAAAUGUUGCAAAAUGAGAUAAAAUCUAGAGACAGCAAUCUAUUAAGGUGAAAUUUACAAGUGA